AUGACGCGUUCCCCGGAAGACGACCAACAGUAUAUAAGACGACGACGUAUCGUUGUUAAGUCAGUCACUCUUCUCUGGCGCCCUAUCGAAAACGUUAGAAGACUUCUUCUGAUAAAGAGGGAAUUUUUUGCAGUUUGUUAUCAAAAGCGCUACAACGACUUAAAGAUGAAAUCUUUUGGCAUUGUUAUGCUUGGUGCCGCUUGUUUGGUUUCCUGUGUGGUCGCGGAUUGUUACUGGGAAGUCGGUUGCACGAAUACAAAAAGAAAGGGACGACAAUAUAAUGUCGGACAAAAAUGGAGGCCGUCGUCAAAUUCAUGCUAUAAUUGUAAAUGCAUCUUGGCAAAGAAAUUUGUGCUUGAAUGUCUAGAAGUUGCUGAAACUCAAUCCCAAUCAGUCAAGAAAAGUCAAAUCAGUGCCAGACUAUCCAAUCCGGUCCGAUUUGCUCAGGAAGAAAAUGUAAAAAUUACCGCCAAAGAAGCUGCGACGAAGGAAUGUGCCCCAACCCCAGCUCCGACAUAUAAUUGGUCUACUGGCACUUUUCAGCCAAUCACAUACAGAACAGUUCACUACUACUAUACAAGAAAGGAAUCGAGAUGCUGCAGUCUGUAUUUUGCACCAAUCAGCGUGCAUCCUUUAUGCAAAGUCGUCAAAGUUGGAAAAUGUGGAACAAAAGUUGUCUUGAAAAGCAAUCCAAAAGAAAGUUGCAACAUGGCUAUGUCUUUUAGAGGAUAAAUCUUAUAAAACUUCUUUGAUUGACACAUAUAUUGUAACAACAACAUUAGAUUUUCUGUGAAAUCCUACUUUUUAGAGUCUCCGUUAUGUUUUACACUACCUCGAUCAAUUGAACUUUCAUUGAGAAAAAAAUGAUAACCACGAAAAAACAGAGAUUUUUGAAUUAAAACCAUGUUCUUUGUUGUUAUUGCAAACUUUACUAAUUUUGUCAACUGAUGGUUAUCUAUAUAUCUCCCUAUAAAACAAAAUUGGUGUAUGAAUAUAAACGGAUAUUUUCUUUUAUUUUUGUUCUAUUCUCUAUGUUUUGCUUUUAUUAUAUCAAUUCAGCUUCAAUUUACUUUCUAUCUGUCUGACAUUACAAUAAAAAUGAAUUCCAAACAUUAAAAA